GGUAUACCUGUUACCUACCCGUAUUGCAAAUGAUGUACUGCACUUCCUCUCUCUGCUCCCAUUUCCCGAUAUUCUCCACCACCAGCUCCGCCACCGCUGCCAAGGCCAAAGGUAGAUGCGUCGUGUAUCCGAGAAUGUCCAUGAACCAAACUCCUCAAUCACCGAUUCCUAAAAAGCUCCUUACUACGAUCACUAACCUACUUUGGGGUCCAUCCCUCCCACCGGGUCUCCUCAUCUCCACCGUCCGUACAGCAUGGAACUCGGCGUGGCAAAUCAUGAUGUCGCAGCUGGCCCCCUCCGAUUCCUCCGGCGGUUACACUAGGCCCGCCUCCAAAUUCCGGCUCAGCAAUUCUCAAUAUUCCCGCCGAAACCCAACGACCCUGCACCUCUACGUGGGCCUUCCCUGCCCUUGGGCCCACCGGACCCUCAUAGUCAGAGCUCUCAAAGGCCUAGAAGAUGCAAUUCCGGUGUCCAUCGCAGCACCGGGCCAAGAUGGUUCCUGGGAAUUCCAGAACACACCAAACACGGACAAAUACAUCCUUGUCCCCAGUAAAGACGAAGCAAACGGACGCAAGACUUUGAAGGAGGUUUACGGGAUAACAAGAGGAGGGUACAGCGGGCGAGCUACGGUGCCGAUGCUGUGGGAUUCAGAGAGGAAAGAGGUGGUAUGCAACGAAAGCUAUGACAUUAUUGAAUUCUUCAAUUCAGGCUUAAAUGGGUUGGCUCAGAAUCCCGAUUUGGAUCUGUCACCGAACUCGUUGAAGGGAAAGAUUGAGGAAUGGAAUCAAUUGAUCUACCCUAACGUAAACAAUGGAGUUUACAGAUGUGGAUUUGCUCAGAGUCAAGAGGCAUAUGAUAGAGCAGUAGAUGAGUUGUUCACUACACUAGAUAAGAUAGAUAAUCACUUGGGUACUUCAAGAUUCUUGUGUGGAGACACAAUAACACUAGCAGAUGUUUGCUUGUUUACCACUUUGAUUCGGUUUGAUCCUGUAUAUAAUGUUUUGUUCAAGUGCACUAAGAAGAAGGUGGUUGAGUAUCCAAAUCUUCAUGGGUAUAUGCGAGACAUAUAUCAGAUGCCGAAGGUUGCAGAAACUUGCAAUUUUUCUGCCAUUAUGGAUGGUUACUAUAAAAUACUUUUUCCACUGAAUCCAGGCGGCAUUCGUCCAACCAUGCCUUCAGGAUGUGAAGGUGAAAUCCUUUAUGCAGCUCACAACAGGGAAUCAGUUUCAUCUGUGAAUAAAAAUACACAGGUUUAUGUUUCAUAAAUUAUAAUUCUCUCUCUUUAUUUGUGUAUUUCUUCUCAAUAUAUGUUCUCCCGCAUUUUGAAUAAAUUAAAAAAAGAAGAAACUGCUAUUUUUCUUUUC